AUGGCAGAAGACGAAUUGGAUCGUUUGGUUCGUCGCCUGGACGAGCUUGAGCAAAAGUCCAAUGCCGAGAUAAGCGACCUCAGAAUAGCACAAGAAACCUCCGAGUUGAAACUAGGACAAUUAGAGCAACAUGUUACGCAAUCGCAGGAAGAGCGAACAUCCUUGAUUGGUUCAAACAGCAACCGCUCGCAAGCAACUCGUGGUGAUAUGUGGCAUGUUAUUGGCGACAAGCAAAUCGACGAAACGCCCUCGAAUGCUUUCAAGCAGCAACAAUUCACACUUCCAGAUGACCUCUGCUCCGUUUUUUGUGCCACAUCAUGGAAAAGCCUUCCUUUUUGGAUAACAGUAUUGGUUAUUGCAGGGCUGCAACUUACAUUGUUUGUGUUGCUGCUCAUUGACCGUGUUGGUUCAAAUCGGUGGAUAGGCGUUGGUGGAGAAUGUGACGUAAAUGAAAGCAUAUUGUGUCGACAUGAGCGUCCGCUUGACAUGCCCCCAAAUGUGGAACCCUUGGUGCGAGCAGCACAGGCUUUAUGUCUAAUCAUCGCGCUGUACGAUCAAGAUGACAUUCGCGAUGGACUUGAAGGGUUCUACGCUGGCAUGCCAGUGGACUAUAAAGGCAGCACCAAUUUUCGAAAAAUGACUCGGUCUCGGUGGAACUUGAGCUGCUUCUUUCGUUUUUUGCAGGGCUUCCUAGGUGUACUAUGUGCGUUUGUGUUGCUCGUGCAAGCCGAUACAGUGUUCGACGUGCUUCUCAAUUUCCUUGGUGUGAAAUUCAUUUCAGGUCAGUUGCCGCCGUCUCGGCUGUGUUUCCUUUGUUUUGUUCAUCUUCCUCAUCGAACCUCUUACUAUCCCCCCGCCCUUCGAACUGCAGAAAUGGAUGAGGCGGCUUUUCAUAUUGCGAUCAAAGGGUAUUUUGGAGUUUCUAUGCAGGAAGCUGCGGAGGAUGUGGCUUCAUCAUACUUUCGACGUGAAGAAGACACCCGUCCAUGGAUACCUCGUAACUUUCAUGUGAUUGUAAUGUUGGGCAUGCUAGCAACGAUGGUUGCUUGGUUCGCCCACCUUGCAACUUUGCAGGCCAGUGGUACAUAUUUGGUGCAACACUUCCACGUGGACUUUGGAAAGGAUCCUCUUCUUUCUGUGUUCAACGGGUGCUAUACAGCAGAUGGCUUGAUCAAUAAACGAUUGUCUUAUUCUCAAGUUGGAAGUGAGGUCAAGUUUGGAUUUUGCAAAAAAGCAGACAAGAGCGAGAAUGGAGGAUGGACUCUGUAUUUUGGGUCGUCGCCCUGUCCUUCUGAUGAUGAGAGCGAGGUAUUGGCUGUAUCUGAACCGACUAAGUCGUUUGACUUGCCCCUUGUGGACCCCACCAAAUGGUACACGCCCGAUAAAUACAAGGCGUACACCCCAAUUGAAGUGGUGCGCUUUUACGACUAUUUCGCAGAAUGUGACGACUCAUCGUCCGACACCCCAGAAGAGUCCCACUUUUUCUAUCAGUGCAUUGCUUUCAACGUCACUCUCCAAAACCGCCAGAAAACUUCUGACUUCCAGAAAACGUUUGAAAUAUUGAUAACUGAACCGAGUGAGGAAUAUCCUUGUCGAGACCCCACAACCUGUCGACCCAUUUAUGUUAGCAAAUCGGAUGCUGAUGGUUAUUCUGGCGAUAUCGAUAUCAUUUACUUUAAUGGUCAUUUCUGGGCGUACUCUGUGGCGCCAUGGGGAUUGAAUAUUGAAUAUAGUGGGGAUGGCGUGACGAAGGAUGAUAUUCGCAACUUCUUUUACAAAGGAGAUGGCUUCAAGAUUGAGAGUCUUUCCGACCACGGAGGAACGGCACUGUACGUUGCUGUGGUAGAUGGUUGGUAUCAGUCACCUCUCGAUCUGAUUUGGUAUGAGGCAGAGGAUCAAUACAUCUCGUACUCCAAAAACGAGUUUGAAACCAUCAAGUAUUCCAUCCCUUACGCAAAUCUAGAGAAAAAAGUUGAUUUCAAUUUCGAGUGCGUGGGUGGCUAUACGAUUCCUGAUACAACAUGCUUCGAGUACGAUGCAUGGUUCAGUGAUGUUGUGUGCCUAUGUAAUGAACCUAUUCCAGAUGCUUUUGAUCUAUCAACCUCUCGGGGUAUGGCAUUUCAAGAUAUCAAGAACGACCGCCGUGCAAUUGAAAUGUGCGCGGAAUUAGCAGCUGAUGACAGUUUAGUAUUGAAAGGUCUGAUUCAGGAGAGAUACGCCCUCGCCGUGGUGAAGAAUACGUUUGGUAUCGAGUCGCAGGGAUGGGACGGAAACAGCUGCACAUCUUGGUUGGGAGACACGGUCGAGCUGAAGUGUGAUAACCAGACUAGUGUACAACAAUUGAUCUUUUUGGACUCGGACACAGUGAAACAUUAUGGUACAAUACCUCCUGAAAUAAGAUUCCUAUCCAAUCUCGAACACUUGGACUUGGGACAGAAUGACAUUCUCGGUGAAAUCCCAUGGGAACUUGGUUUCCUUGGAGCAUUAACCUACCUCGAUCUAUUUGAUUGUAGUCUUACUGGAUCGAUACCGUAUGACCUUGGAAGUCUCUCGAACUUGAAAUCUUUGUACUUGUCUAAGAACAACCUUACUGGUCAAAUCCCAAAUUUUGGAAACCUGAAAAACCUUGAGGUCCUUUCCAUGUACAGCAAUUCAUUGACUGGGACUAUCCCAGCCGAGAUGGAAGCCAAUCUGAACCUCACUUGCUUUGCGCAAGGAAACUCCAUCACUGGCACAUCCAAGGUUUGUCAGCUAUAA